AUGUUGAGGGCUGCCGCCUUCACCAUUCCUGGCCUCGAGGCUCGCAAUUCUCGCAAUUCCAAAAAAUGUACAGGAAACUCAGCCCAUACCCGGACGAAGUGGUGUGACUAUAGCAUCAACACUGAUUACACGACCACUGCUCCCAAUACCGGUGUUACUCGUGAAUAUUGGCUCUCCAUUGAUGAAAUCACCUUUGCCCCAGACGGUGUUCCACGCCCAGCAAUGGCGGUCAAUGGGUCAAUUCCCGGGCCCACAAUCUUUGCAGAUUGGGGUGACGAGGUAGUUGUACAUGUUACAAACCACCUUGAUGAAUCAAAAAAUGGAACAAGCAUCCACUGGCACGGAAUUCGUCAAAGCUAUACCAAUGCAAAUGACGGUGUUGUAUCAAUCACUCAGUGUCCCACUGCCCCCGGGUCAUCGGUGACCUAUAAAUGGCGAGCUGUUCAAUAUGGCACUUCCUGGUGGCACUCGCAUAUUGGACUUCAGGCCUGGGAGGGAGUCUAUGGAGGAAUCAUAAUCAAUGGGCCCGCUAGCUCCAAUUACGAUGUUGAUAAGGGUGUCUUGUUCCUUACUGAUUGGUGCCAUCGAACGGCGGACGAGUUGUAUAUUUCUGCUCAAGCCAAAGGCCCUCCAACACUUGACACUGGGCUGAUUAAUGGAACCAAUGUGUACAACACUACUGGGUCCCGAUUCACUAUGAGAGCCAAUAAAGGGGAGUCAUAUCGUCUAAGACUCGUCAAUUCGGCCAUUGAUACACACUGGAAAUUUAUGAUUGACGGACAUACAUUGACUGUCAUUUCCAUGGACCUCGUGCCGAUCAGGCCUUAUAGAACAAAGUAUAUCAACAUUGGGAUGGGUCAGCGAUACGACGUGAUCGUCACCGCCGAUCAAGCCUCCGUGGCUCGAGACUUUUGGAUGCGCGCAGUACCGCAGACUUCAUGCUCGGAGAAUGAUAACGUCGAUAACAUCAAGGGUAUUCUUCACUAUCACAACAAGGUAGGAAUACCUGAAACAAAUGCCGCCCAGUUCGUGGAUGGCUGUGUCGAUGAAAGUCCGAGCAAUCUGGUUCCCGUUGUAUCAAAAUCAGUUUCUGCUGCAGACUGGCAAUCCAUGGAAGAUGUGACUGUCACGCGAAACGGACAAAAUCUGUUCCGCUGGUACUUGAACAGCACGACUAUGGAGGUAGCGUGGGAAGAUCCAACUUUGCUCCAAAUACAUAAUGGCGCGACAAACUUCUCGGCCUCGAGUGGCGUUAUCGAAGUUCCGAAUCCCAAUGAAUGGGUCUACUUGUUCAUCAAUACUUCAAUUCCCGUCGCGCAUCCUAUCCACUUGCAUGGUCAUGAUUUCUUUAUUCUGGCACAGGGAGUAAAUCCUUGGGAUGGCAAGACUUUAUCUCACAGAAAUCCUCCGCGGAGAGAUACUGCAAUGCUAGAGAGUGCGGGAUACUUACUUAUCGCUUUUGAAACGGACAAUCCUGGCGCAUGGCUGAUGCAUUGUCAUAUUGGAUGGCACACCUCAGAAGGCUUUGCUUUGCAGUUUGUUGAGCGUUAUGAUGAGAUCGAGGAUUUGAUUGAUUAUCCGUCUCUGGAGCAGAAUUGUGCAACUUGGACGGCAUACGAAUCGGCGGUUGGAAUCAAGCAGGAUGAUUCGGGUGUUUAA